AUGGUAUUUCUCUACACCUCUGAAAACCUGCUGCUGUCUGUGUUUGUUGUUCUUUCAGUUAUUCCAGUGAAGGUGGAGGUGGAGGAGGGGGCGGAGUCUGUCCAGCUGCCCUUCAAAACCACAAAAAACCUGUCGGGGGAAAUUCAAGUGAUAUGGGAACGUUAUGAGCCGUUCCAGAAGGCUCACGUGUUUACAAACGGCCCAAACCAAUAUGAAGAACAGCACGAGGUUUACAGAGGCCGAACUGUGAUGAACAAAGACCUGCUGGAAACUGGAGACCUCAGUCUGACCCUGAAACAGCCCACAGAGAGAGACAGUGGAGAGUACAAGUGUUUGGUCUGGAGGAAGGUAACCUUCAUCAGAAAGAAAACUGUGGAGCUCAAAGUCAAAGGUCCAGGAUCAAACAGGGGACAUCAGGACCAGAAGCAGCUCCACUGAUCCGACUCCUCUGACUGCUGAUCAAUCAGUGUUACGACUGCUGUCUUAAUGUUGUCUCUCAUGUGCAAAUUUAAGUGUGCAGGUGCAUUUCUAUCAUUGGUGGAUCCCAGAGACAGUGCCAGCAGAUUGGUUAGCUACAUGGAGACAACAUAUUUGAUGACUCCACCAUGGACAGUCAUUCAGCCUCGGCCCAUCACAGCCAGCAGUCUAGUGAUGCUCGUUUUACAAAGGAGCCUGUAGGGGUGGACUGUUUUUUUUGUUUGAUUACCGUUUUCUCCUGUUUUUGUUAGUUUUGGAGGUACGCUGCUGUCAUUUGGUUUAAUUUCUUUGAGUAGUUUGUUUAUAUCCUUGUCUCAGGGACCAAGCAGUAAAGCAUAAAGGACACAGGUGUUUAAUUUACAAAAUGGGGUUUUAUUGACCCAAAAGUAUGAAAAGAUAUUUAAGAAAGCCAAAACUUAAACAACAGACCAAC